GCGUUCCGCCCCCUUUUUUUUUUCAUUUGAACACAUUUUUUUUCCCCUUUGUCUUUUCCUGAAGCCAGACAAACAGAACAGCUUCGGCAGGCACGUUUAACUAGACGUCACAACAAUACUGCACGGACUGGUCUGAGCUAUUCGCUGAAGCAGGCCGCGGCGCUGUGUUCAUAUUCGCCAUUUUCAGCCGUCAAACGCCUCGAUGUAAUAAUGGACACGGACUACUCGUCCGGCUUGGAAAACCCUCUGUACAGCGAGCUGAAAUACUUCUGCAGGAAGAUACAGGAGGCCUACUAUGAGCUGAAGGAGGAUUUAACACCUUACCGCGAUGAUCGUUUUUACAGGCUGGCCCCCAUGCGGCUCUACACCUUGUCUAAGAGACAUUUUGUCUUGGUCUUCGUGGUGUUCCUGAUAUGCUUUGGCCUCACAGUCUUCAUUGGGAUUGCAGGUCCAAAGAUCAUUGCUGAGCAGGAACAUAACGGUGAUCUGUUAGUGGCCAAGAAUGUUUCAGUAAAGACUGGGCCCUUUCACUUAGUUUCUCAACCUCUCACCACCUACAACCAGCAGCUGUGGCUCACCUGUGUCAUGCAGGCUGGAAACAGCAACUUGAAAGAUUUCAAGCAGCCGUUUGAGAUCAACAUUAAUCUAAAAGGAGGGAUGCAGGACGCCAGCGUGGUCCACAUCAAGUCUGUGCUGCAGAAAUCCCGGACGCUGCACUGUGGAGCUAAAUGUGACGAGAUAAUUUUGCUGCAUCUGGGCUACCUGAACUUCAAUCAGUAUCAGGUUGAUGUCAGCUUCAGAGGCCUUGAAAACGUCUCCUAUGAAAUCAAGGUUAAAUUUGUGUGGAAAACAUACAACCCAACCUUCUCUCAAGUGGAAAUUUGGUUCCGGUUUGUCUUUGUGGUGUUGACCUUCAUGGUAACGUGUCUGUUUGCACAUUCCCUGAGGAAGUUCUCCAUGAGGGACUGGGGCAUUGAGCAGAAGUGGAUGUCUAUUCUGCUCCCUUUGCUGCUGCUCUACAACGAUCCAUUCUUCCCGCUGUCGUUCCUGGUCAACAGCUGGUUUCCAGGGACCUUAGACGCUUUCUUCCAGGCUCUCUUCCUGUGCGCCCUGCUCCUCUUUUGGCUCUGCGUCUACCACGGCAUCAGGGUUCAAGGUGAACGGAGAUUCCUCACCUUCUACCUGCCCAAGCUGAUCAUCGUAGGUCUGCUGUGGGUCUCCGCCGUCACUCUUGGCAUAUGGCAGACGGUUAAUGAGCUCCAGGAUCCCACCUAUUUCUACAAAGUGGAUUUUGCAAACUUCCAGGGCAUGAAGGUGUUCUUCCUGAUCGUUGUUGCCUUCUACGUCCUCUACCUGACAUUCCUGAUUGUCCGAGCUUGUUCUGAGCUAAAGAACAUGCCUUACUCAGAUCUUCGGCUCAAGUUCCUGACGGCGCUUACGUUUGUAGUCCUCAUAAUAAGCGUGGUCAUUCUGUACCUGAGGUUUGGUGCCAAGGCGCUUCAAGAUAACUUUGUGUCUGAGCUGUCCACUCAUUAUCAGAACUCAGCCGAAUUUCUAUCCUUCUACGGCCUGCUCAACUUUUAUUUGUACACGUUAGCGUUUGUGUACUCUCCCUCGAAAAAUGCCCUGUACGACUCGCAGCUGAAGGACAACCCCGCCUUCUCCAUGCUGAACGACUCGGACGACGAAGUCAUCUACGGGAGUGAUUACGAGGACAUGCCUUUACAGAACGGACGCACCAACAAGGUGACGACCAAGUACCGGGACGACAGCGACAGCGACUGAUGCAUCCGUUGGCAGAUUACCUCUCUCGUCUCUUCGGGGUUGGAAACACCGAGUAUUCAGAGCGGAUUAUCAUCUGCGUGCGCAAAAACACGACGCAUCUGCACGUGUAAAGUUAAAAAAAAAACUUCUCUGUACAUAAAUAUAUAUAUUUUUAAAAGAUACUGAAUGUACUGUACUUUUGAAAAGUGAGUAACCACUCACACCAAGGCAACACAUGUGUAAAACAACAGUUUUUACUGGUAUUAUGAACAUUUUCCUCCUCGUGUGGCUCGGCUGUUAAUCCCAGUCAUCUGAAACAAACAAGGAGAAGCGCCACCAUGAGGCGGGAGGUCAGAGUGGAGACGUUUUAAAGCUUUAUGUUUACUUUAUAUCAUUCCUUUUUUUGCUCUUUGAUGCUCUGAGAAUAAGAAACCACUGAAAGCUGCAGCUCGGUAACGUCACAGCUUGGAUGAGACGUAAAACAUGCUUCUGGGAAUCCAUAAAGCCGACGAUAAAAAAAA